UCGGCAGUGUCAAUAAAGUUGCAGCGGUUUGUAGUUUGUAGCGGACAACAUGGCGGCCUUCAUGCUGGGCUCGCUGUUGCGGACGUUCAAGCAGAUGGUUCCUUCAUCAGCUUCAGGCCAAGUUCGAACUCACUAUGUAGACUGGAGAAUGUGGCGCGAUGUGAAGAGACGAAAAAUGGCCUAUGAAUAUGCAGAUGAGAGGCUACGUAUUAAUUCACUCAGGAAGAAUACCAUUUUGCCAAAAAUUCUUCAGGAUGUGGCUGAUGAAGAAAUUGCUGCCCUCCCCCGGGAUAGCUGUCCUGUUAGAAUCAGAAAUCGGUGUGUUAUGACGUCCCGUCCGCGUGGUGUGAAGCGGCGCUGGAGGCUUAGUCGUAUAGUCUUCCGUCACUUAGCUGACCACGGGCAACUUUCUGGGAUUCAGCGAGCGAUGUGGUAAAUGAGCUCCAGAACCUAUUGAGCUUGCAGGGAAGCCAGUUCCAGCAAGCAAAGAUUUUUUGAAUAGACCAAACCCUAGUCUCUACAGGGGCCCAGUACAGUUGUUUGGCCUACCUGAUGCUAUCUCUAAACUACUUUUAAAAUGAAGAAAUUUGGGUGUUUCAUGUCAGUGAAUUAUCUUUUCUCUUGGACUUAACAAACAUACUGUUCCCGUACAUAGUGCAAAGAGUAGUAUAAUAAAUAUUUUCUGUGAAUGUUUUUUAUACCCUCCUUUUAAGUUUAAUCUUUUAAUAACAGAGGGGUUUUUGUAUUUUUAAGAGCAUUAUUUCAUAAAAUGUUAUCUUAUACAUAAUCCAACUAAUUGACAUGUAGCUCAUUUAUGGCAGUUUGUAAUCCUGGGCAAGCUUUCCUGACCUGCAGAGCUCCCCUUACUAUUAUUGUUAGAUAAGCAGUAGAUAAACAGUAGAUUGGAUAGCAAGGCUGCUGUUCUGGAUUAUCUAAUGCUCCACUUCUUCUUGUGAUGGCUGAACAAAAGUGUCUUCUUGUCCAUCCUUAAGGGACUUUAAAACAAAUUAUGCCUAAGUCCUUGAAAGUCUCCAUCUAAAGAGGAAAACUUUGUUGGAACAGUAUAUAUUCCCUAUUUUUGUUUAUUUAAUCCAUAACAGAAAUGAGUAAGGGUAGCACAAAGUUCUCAUUCAGUAACUCAACAAUGUGAUCAGCCCAGUGAUGAAAAUAUACAUAUUGAAUGGAAGUACCUACUUAACAUCAGGAAAAUAUUCCUGGAGAACUUAAUAAAUCAGGAGGUGAGGGGUGAGAUUUUUUUCUGCACACAGAGGGCACAAAAGCACAAAGAAGCAAAGGCACUCUGUAGCAUCAGAAAACCACAGUCACUCCAGUAGAUCAGAAAUACAAAGCACAAGACAAGGCCCGUAUUGUGGAGGAUCUCACAAAUCAUGUGAAGGAAUUAAGACUGACAUACAUACCAGGUAUUAGAGUUUUAAGCACAGGAAUGACAUUAUCAGUUUGUAAUACAGGUAAGUGACAGCUGUGUGGCAGAUGGCCAUGAGAGGAAAAGGCUACAGGCAAGACAACCAGUUAGGAGGAUGUCUUAAUUGUUGAGGAAGAUGGGGGCCGGGCACGGUGGCUCAUGCCUGUAAUCCCAGCACUUUGGGAGGCUGAGGCGGGCGGAUCACAAGGUCAGGAGAUUGAGACCAUCCUGGCUAACACUGUGAAACCCUGUCUCUACUAAAAAUACAAAAAAUUAGCCGGGUGCGGUGGUGGGCGCCUGUAAUCCCAGCUACUCGGGAGGCUGAGGCAGGAGAAUGGUGUGAACCCAGGAGGCGGAGCUUGCAGUGAGCCGAGAUCACGCCACUGCACUCCAGCCUGGGCGACAGAGCGAAACUCCGUCUCAAAAAACAAAAACAAACAAACAAAAAAAUUGUUGAGGAAGAUGAAGGCCUGAACUAACAUUGUGGUAUUAGUAGAGGAGAGAGGACAGAUUUUUAGUUAUAGGAAAGAAAACUGGGCAAGACUGAUUCUAUCUAAGAGGUAAAGAUGGUUCUCUGGGUUCCUGAUAAGAGUGUCUAGAUAGAUGGUAGAGGGCAAUUCUAAGAGGGCAACUCCAAGAUAGAAAAUUUGGAAAAAGAACAAAUUUAGGGGAAACAGAAGAUAAGCGAGUUCAGGUUCCAGUCAUGCGGUGUUGGAGAUGCCUGUGUCAUCUGAUGAAGACUAGUACGCAGCUGGAUAGCAGGGUCCGAAACUCAGGUGGAGAUGAAGUUGUGAGGGAUUUAUCACAAUCUAGUUUGGAUUCCUAUUUCUUAAAUAUGUAUGACAACUUACCAACUGGAAUGUUCUAGCUAAUAUCUCAACUUAGAAUCCAUCUCACUACCAAUGGGCAAACACUUGUGUUCUAAAGUUACUUGAAAGUAGUUUAUACUGCCAACUUGAUAUAUAUACAUGCUAUAGUUUGAAUAUUUGUGUACUUCCAAAAUUCACAUUGAAAUCUAAUCCACAAUGCGUUGGUAUUAUUAAGAGGUGGGGCCCUUAGGGGUGAUUAGGCCAGGAGGGCUCCUCACUCAUGGAUGAAAUCAGUGCUUAAGAGGGCUUGAGGGAGAGAGUUUGUCCCUUUUACCCUUCCGAUACUGUGAGAAGGCACCGUACUGGAAGCAGAAAGCAAGCCCUUACCAAACACCAAUCUGCUGGUGCCAAAUCUUAGACUUCCCCAGCCUCCAGAAGUGCAAGAAAUAAAUAUUAUUUAUAAA